AUGAGCUCGUGGGGGUUGCAGCAGUGCCUAGUGCCUGCUGCAACUGACGUUACCGGUCGCACGAGCCCAAUUCGCGUGUGCGACUCUGUGCCUUUCACGCCUAAAGCCAUGUCCGUCGGGUGCUCGGAUGGAGGCCUGGGGGCUGGAGGCGUCUCGGAGGCGGAGGUGCGGCAGGCGGCGAACGUCGGGAGCUUCGCCAAGGGCGAGGCCCUGCUCAAGGCGUCGCCUUCCGCGGUGCGGAUCACCGGGCGUGACGGGGAGGCGCAGGUGCAGAGCGAGCGCGGCAGCCAGCACUACACGGUGCGCCUGGGGCGCUCCGGCGUGUCCGUUGCGGCGAAGUGCAGCUGUGUGGACAGUCGGACGCGCGGGGGUCUUUGCAAGCACGGGGUGGCGGUGGCCUUGCUCUUCCUGCAACAUGGGCAUCCGCUUCCAGUUCUGGAGACCGUUGCGAAGAACCCCCGGAAGCGGCCCAUCGCGACGCCGCAGCGCGAGAAGUCCGAGGAGGUUGAGGAGAGGCGCUGCCCGCGCUGA